AUGGACAACGAAUGCCUGAAUGCUCCUCUUGUGAUAAAGCCCACAAGGAUAUACAGCUACACACAGCUGAUAGCAUCUCUGAGGAAGAAGCAGCAGAAGCUUGCCAAGUACAAGGUAACAGCAGAGCCCACUGCGUUCAGGGAUGUUCUAAGGUCCAAGCAGCAGCAGUUCGAUGUGAAUGAUGUUGUGAAUGGGUUUUUGCAUGAGAAGUUAAGAUCGAAGCAGAAGGAGCAUGAGAAAAUGGCCACGAAAUCGUUUCUGAAGGAUGUCGAAAGGCGUGUUAAAGAAAUCAAAAAGGAGAAUGAUUUGUUUGUGGUUGGAGGAGGUAAGAUUGCAGGAAUGGCUGGAGAUUUAGAAGCUGUGUUUGAUAAAGAUCCUAGUGAUGCCGAUGAGCAGCUUGUUCACGGGAUUGCCGGGAAAGACAGGUACUUUGAGGAUCCGAUGCUUUUUGACAUACACAUGUUUCUCAGAAGGCUGAAUGCUUCGGAGAAUUUUGAGCAGGAACUCCGGUUUCUUGGAGAUGAGUAUCUGAGAUAUGUCGACAGGUUUCUGAGGGAAAAUGCAGACAAAGUUACAAAUCCAUUGAGAGACGUCGAGGACAAGGUUUCUGCGUUUGUAAAGCUCAGAUAUGGUAAGGAAGAGUAUAAGCUUGAGGUGUACGAAGGAAGGUAUGUGUUUGCAGAGCUGUACACGCUGUUUAGGUGUGGGCUUACAGAUUGUGUGAAAAGGCUUCUGGAGCGCUUCUCUGUGUUUUUUGAGCACAUUUCACAUCGCUUCAGGACAAGCUUUAGUGGAUGGCUUACUACAAAGACAAAGCCUAGUGUUCCUGUGAAGAUCGGAGGAGGAGAUGAUCUUUUCAAGGCGUUUCUGCUAGGAAUGAUGGAUGGAAACAGCCGAGGGGUGGAUGCGAGGGUGAUUGGAAGUGUUGAGGAUUUUGUUUGGAUGCACUUGAUAUCGAUCAAUGAGCUUGGGAGAGUCAAGGAGGUUUUGGGGUUAUUCAGGAACUACCAGAAUCCGAAGGGGCUGCUGCUUGCAUGUGUGAUGCUAAAGGAUUAUGACAGGGCAAUGGAGCUGGUGUUUCGUGGAGACUUUGCAGUGGUGCCGUCAUACUUUCUGAUGAAGGCGCUAUGCAGCAGAUGCAGCAGCAAGAUGAUAUUUGUUGACUUUGUGUUUUUGGCUGCAUCGAGGUUUUCUGCAACGAAGAGGAAGGUAGAGCUAUUGAGCUCGUUGAAGCAUGUGGUGGAAGGAUACUACGAAGUCGUUCCCGAGAUGAUAGUGAAGAUGGACAUGUACGAUGUUCUUGGGAUGGAGGAUGGAGCAUGUUUGUACUUGGAUAAGAAGAUCAACCAGAGGGUUGUUGAGAUUCUGAAGACAAAGAAUGAGAAGAAGAAGCUUAUAAGGCUGUACUACCUGAUUGAUGACGAGGCGAUGGUGGUUGAUCUUAUUAACGAGAUCAUAGUGGAGGCGAUUCUGGCAGACGGGGAUAUUGAUGGGUAUUUUGAGAUAAUUGAAUAUUAUGAGAAGAGGGAAAGCACAAGGCAGAUUGGGAUGAUGAAGGGACUGAAAAGUUUUUAUGUUUUCCAAAGGAAUCCGAGCAUGCUGACUCUGAGAUCGACGCCGUUGAUUAUCAUUGAUGGUGAUGUUAAAGAGCUUAGGUAUGUAGUGGAGAAGGUGUUUAAGCUUGCAUGCGAUGUGGUGGAAAAUGCAGGGGAUGGAGAGAUGGCAAGGAUUCUGUUCAGACUGUGUGGGGUUCUUGGGCUUGGGGAAGAGAUGUCUGGAUAUGCCAACAGACACCUGAUACUGUUGAUAUGA